AUGGCACCUUACAAUCUGGUAGAAACGUGUGGCGGUGGAUGUAAAGUACGCACUUACAAACCGUAUUUGGAACGUAUUAAAUAUUUAGUAAGACUGCCGAAUGAUAAAAAAUUAGGUACUCUUGCGCUUAUUGGUACUCAUUCAUCAUUAUCAUACAAUGUCGAUAGUGGAAGAUCAAAAACUCAAGAUUUAACUAUUUCACAGCAAUUGAAAUAUGGGAUCCGCGUUUUGGACAUUGGUAUACGGCCACAAUCUAAUUUAUUCAAAAUUUAUACUGAAUAUGGUACUACGGAUACUGAAUUUUCGGAUACUCUCUCGAAGAUUGAUGAUUUUCUUGACGAUAAUCCAGGUGAAUUUAUCAUCGCGCUUUUACAUCAAGUAUAUCCUUCAGCGUAUGAUGUAACCGAAAGCAAUUGUGCCAUUCUUGAUGAUUACAUCCAUACUUUUUCGGCUGGAAAGCGUUUAGUGAAAAAUUGGCAGCUGGAUGACACCAUCGGACAGCAUCGUGGCAAAGUUCUAAUAGCAAGUAUGGGAAAUUCAUUCAGUGGAUGUUCUUUUGAUCUUAAUUGCCAGUGUCUCAUUCAGAAUGAUGAUAUUCUUCACAUAAUAAAAACCAAAGCCCAAACCAAAUCCAAAAAAACCAAAGUUCUGUUUGAUUUACAAGAUAAAUGGGCUGCUAUUCAUCAUCUAAUUCGAGACAGUCUUAAGAAACCUCGUAAAUGUUAUCUAAACGAUAUAAGUUAUUGGGAUGGCGUACACAAUCGUCGAGCUAUUUCUAGAGAGGGUAACUAUGCUUAUAAAGAAAACUGUUCUAUGGCACUUAAUCAUAUUGUGACUGAGUAUUUUGAAAACCCGCGGCAAACGUUUAUAAUUGUUAUGGCUGAUUACCCGACUCAAGAAUUAAUGGAUAAAAUAAACGACAGUAAUUUUCCAAAUUCUAGUUGGCGUUCUGGAUGGCACUGA